AAAUUGGACUACGUCAUAAUCGACGUCAUUAACAUGCUGUUUAGUAUGUGGAUAGUAUGCAGGACAAUGGUUCGAUAAUUUGUAUGACGGUGUUGAACGAACAACUAAAACGUUUUGUUCUUCCCGGGCUGUCAGGUGAACAAUGGAGGAAACCUCGGAAAAUAGCAUCUGUUCCAAGGCAAAACUUGAUGGGCUUAUGAAAUUACUGGCUAAAAUUGACGUGGAUGCUGAUGUGAUGUGCUGUCGAUACACUCCAGAUGGCCAGGAGCUAGCUGCCGGGCUCUGCAAUGGACGCAUUCAGGUGCGCGGUGUUCACAAACAUCUGUUCUAUUAAUCAUCGGCUAUUGGAUGUCAAACAUUUGAUUAUCCAAACGUCGACAUACCAGUCAACGCGAAGCCUAGUGAGCGAUGAGUCAGAUCGCCUGCCCGUAACGCAGAUCAAGUUCCAGAAUACCGGGCAACCCGAGACAGACGCCACCCUCUUUCUGAUCGCCUCAUUGACGUUGCCGACAAGAUGGACGGCCACCGUUUCCGCGUGUUCUCGGCCAAAUACAAUGUGAAUUACCCUAACACGUUCAUCACCGGGGGAUGGGAUAACUCCGUUCAGUACUGGGAUGACCGCCAGCCCCAUGCUUUCAAUAAAUUUUCAGGGCCUCACGUCUGUGGCGAUGCUAUUGACAUCGAGACGUAUUCUGAUACCAUUGUUACCGGUUCCUGGAGGAAAGAUAACGUCAUACAGAUUUGGGACUUUUUGUCAGCCAAAAAACUUAUGGAUGUUCCACAGGAUAAAAGGCAUCAAAGUCAGUUAUACUGUAUACAAUGGCUGAACAAAGAGCAUGUUGUUGGUGGCGGCAGUUCGGAGAAUCUGGUACAUAUCAUUGAUCUAAGGUCACAAAACACCAUUGGACAAAUAUAUAACCUGGCACAGGGCGUCUUUUGCAUUGACAUUGAACAUCAAUUAAAAAAUCCGAGAAUAGCAAUCGGCAGUGGUCACUUUGUAUAUUUUGUGCGAUGUUAAGCUUUUUGAAAGAAAAUUACGAAGUUGGAGGACACAGAGUUAAAUGAUUAUGUGAAUGCAAUAGUUUAUAUGUACACGUAUUCAUGAUAAUACAGUGUCCAUGUAUUCAUGAUAAUACAGUGUCCAUGUAUUCAUGAUAAUACAGUGUCCAUGUAAAUACCUUUGUUAGCUUAUAUUACUGUGAAGGACAUUGUUAGGGUGUUUUCAACUUGAGUCCAGAACUCAAACAUUUUAUAAUCAUACGCCAUGUCUCUGAUUUGUUACAUUGUUUAAAGUGGAAUAUCAUGAGGAAUCCCGAUUGAAAUGACAGAGAUGAGGUAGUAAUGGAACAUGAUGACGAUGAGAAGGGGGUUCGAACUGAAAGAGCGUCUUUAACCGAUGAUUAUCAUUAUAAUAAUGGUAACAUAUUAAAGUAUCAUCGACAUGGGAGUUAUCACGCUGUUUGUUUACACAUAUUAUCAUUAUUUUGAAUGUAUAUAAUUUGCUUUUAUUUCCUGUUGUUACUUUCUACAUGUAUUAAACGAAUACGUUGAAGUGCUGGUACAAAACCCUAAAACCAGUCAUUUGUGGUUUUAAUUUUAUUGUAACCGUUUUGGUUACAAUAAAAUUCAGUUGAAAUAAAAAAACAAAUGUUGAAGGUGAAA